GAAAUGACCGGUCACCGGAAGAUCCUUAUUGUUGCCUAUCCAGCGCAAGGGUUGCUUAACCCGUCUCUCCGAUUCGCCAAACGCCUCCUCAAUAUGGGUGUUGAUGUCACGUAUUCCACCAGUCUCUCUGCCAUACGAUGUAUUGACGAGAAAACCACCCCUCACGGCCUAACCUUCUCCCCUUUCUCCGAUGGUCAUGACAGUGGCCAGCAACCUGAUACCACCCUGCAACAAUUCGUCUCUGAUUUUGCUACAAACGGUGCUUCUGCCGUAGCAGAAAUCCUCAGUUUCGCCACUGCAGCGGGCCAACCGUUUGACCACUUGGUCUACACCACUGUCGCCCCUUGGGCAGCCCUGGUGGCGGAUGCCCACGGUAUCCAAUCCACUGUUCUCUGGUGCCAAUCAGCCACUGCCAUGGAUAUUUACUACUAUUAUUUCGAUGGCUAUCAAGGUUUGAUAUCCAGUAACAACAACAACCCAAUAUUUCCGAUCAACUUUCCAGGACUGCCACCAUUAAUCAUCGCUGAUUUGCCUUCAUUUUUCUUGCCAUCAAACGCAAAUGAGAACCAUUUCGUUAUAUCACUUUUGAAAGAUCAUGUUGAUGCACUCAAACUAUCUCCCACAAUACUUGUCAACAGUUUCAAUGAACUGGAACCCGAAUCCAUCAGAGCAAUAGAGAAACUUGUGUUCCUUCCGAUUGGACCCUUAGUCCCAUCGGAAUUCUUGGACGGAAAAGAGUCGUUAAAUAAUUCCUCCGGUGAAGAUUUUAUCAAAAUCCCAGCUGAGGACGAUUACAUCCAAUGGUUAAACACAAAACCAAAAUCGUCAGUCGUGUAUGUUUCAUUUGGAACGUUAGCUACUUUAUCGAUGGAUCAAAUAGAGGAGGUGGCAAGUGGUCAGCUGGAGUGUCGCCGGCCAUUUCUAUGGGUGAUAAGAGACAGUCUCAGUGCAGAAAGAUUGAGCAAGAUAGACUUGCUAAAAAAACAAGGGAUGAUAGUGAACUGGUGUUCCCAAGCUAAGGUGUUGUGCGACGAAGCAAUCGGGUGUUUCCUGACCCAUGGUGGGUGGAAUUCGACCGUGGAGGCUGUGGUGGGUGGUGUUCCGAUGGUGGUGUUUCCACAAUGGGCGGAUCAGGCGAAGAAUGGGAAGAUGAUUGAAGAUGUUUGGAGAACAGGUGUAAGGGUGAGGAAGAGGGAGGGAGAUGGAAUGGGGGAAGGGAGGGAGAUUGAGAGGUGUCUGAAGAUGGUGAUGGGAGAUGAGAAAAUGAAGAGAAAUGCAGAGAAAUGGAGGAACUUGGCAAGAGAAGCUCUCAACAAUGGCGGAUCGUCCACCAUUAACCUCCAAGCUUUCUUGGAUGAUCUUUAA